AUGGACAUGGAGAAUACUCAUUUGGUCACGGAAUUCAUCACGCAUACUGGAGCUAAUACACAAGACGCAGUCAGCUGUUUGAAAUCUUGGGAAUGGGAUUUGAAGAAAGCGCUAAUCGAUUACAAUGAUACUUCGACUACGGAAUAUUUCAACAACAAGAAAAAUGAAAGUGAAGAUCGAAUGAAAGCACACUCAUCUGCAUCCACAUCAACGCCACAAUUGUACGGAUCAGCUUCCACUUCUUCAAUGCUGCCGUCAGCAACAACGAGAUCGAUGCUAUCAUCGGGUACAUUUAGUAAAAAUCAACGCCAGCAACAACCGCUACAUAUGCAACAUAUUCAUGAUUCACAAUAUUCAUACGUUACUAACGGAAGUGUGAUCGGAAGCAAAAACGCCACAUUUGGGGAAAGCAACAGAAUUAGCAAUAGCUGCAGCAAUAAAAUUACGACCGUGCAAAUGCAAUCUCUAUCUGCGGCGAAAUCGCAUCGUAAUCCACAGUAUAGCCAUUUUAACAAUUCCGGGUCUUCGUCCACCGGGAUUUCAAUGGUGGGGAAUGUGAAACCUGAGAACUGCAGCAGCAACAGCGGAAUGAACUACACGUCCGUUUUACAGACCCCGAUUGUACAUCUGAAGCCAAUGCUCAAGAAAGCCGAUUCGAUUGACAUUUUUGAUAGCAAAAAAUUAGAACGAGGAAUUUCACGUGCUACCGAAAAUGUGACAUUGGUCUCGCGCGCCAGACAAGAGUUUGAGAUGGAUUUUCACGCCCACAUUCACGAGAAGAAUGAUAAAAAUUUGAACUUCAUCGACACGCCGGAUUAUACAUUCACCCUGCCCGACCUUACAAAGUAUACGGACGAUUUUCGCAAAUUUCUCGAAAAAGAUCUUAUUGAAAACUCUACUCUGAACUCAUUGGAAACUACAAACCGACUGAACUGGUGGUAUGAAUCAGGAGCCUGCCGCAAACUUUGGCCCCUGGCGACUACAGGUGAUGGAAACUGUCUGCUACACGCGGCUUCGCUGGCUAUGUGGGGCUUUCACGAUCGUCGUUUGACAUUGCGUCGUACGCUGCAUGACAUUUUAUCGAAGGAGGAGUUUCGCGAAGCACUUUAUCGACGGUGGCGAUUCCAGCAAACGCGUGUCAAUAAGCAGGCGGGAUUUGUGUUCUGUGAAAACGAAUGGGCUAAAGAGUGGGAGGAAAUUGUGGCCAUCGCUUCCCCAGAACCUAGGCGCAAUUCACAGAGCACCGGUCCCUCCCGUCGCCGAUCUCUGUUGAUCGAAAAAAACUUUGACGCUCUUACUGGUGGGACAAGUUCAACGCUAGCCAGUGAUCGAGAAGACGAAAAUGCCACAUAUGAAAGCUUGGAAGAGAUUCAUGUACUAGCAUUAGCGCAUAUACUGCGACGCACGAUUAUCGUGGUUUCCGACGUGUUUCUUAGAGACAUUAAUGGAGAAGCAUUUUCACCUAUACCGUUUGGGGGUGUCUAUUUGCCAUUCGAAGUACCAUCGAAUGAAUGCCACCGGGCUCCGUUGCUACUCGCCUACGAUAUGGCACAUUUUUCGGCGUUAGUAGCAAUGGAAGCAUGUAACGAUAGUCCACCCGCGUUAAUACCACUAGUGGAUGAAACGAAUCAGCUGCUUCCGAUUCAGUUUUGUAUUGACCCUGGGAAGGAUUUCAAUUGGCGGGAAUACGACGGAAGUGAUGGAAACUGGAUUCUUACUGAUCGUGAACAUAUAGCACUGUUGAAAGAAUAUCUGGAUAUAGUUCAUGCUACCGGUAUUGAAAGUCCGGACGAUGAAAUCUACUACGACGAUUACUCUGAUGACGAGUAUGAAAAAAAACUUGCAGAAGGAGAAAUAGUUUUUACGUCCGAUGAGAAUUACAAUCAUAACAUUGGUACAACACCGAUGGCGACAGUAAACACAACUGCAUCCUCAACGACGACACCAAUUGGUGGAGGGACAAUAACUUCCAUGACUGCUUCCAACCAAUCUUUACCGGCUAGUGGCAGUGGGAGAGAUGCUGGAGGGAAAAGCAAAGCAGCAAAACAGCUCCAAAGUGUUGCAAAACAAUUUGGCAGCAUUGGUAAAUCGAUGAGUCGCAAGCUUCGUAAAAACAUUGGUUCGAUUACACGAAUCGGUAGCAAAAAUAGCCACAGUGGUAACAGCUCGGGAGGAGGUGCCAAUGGCAAAAAGUCACAUUUUAAUGAUAAAAGUAAUUAUCGUAGCGAAUAUCCGCGGUUUCGAAUAUUGUGUGCACAACUAAAAUCUCGCCGCCACGAGUAUCAGGAGGAGAUGAUAAGAAACUACCUUGAGUGUGCUCAAGAACGAUACCUUGAAGCGGAGAAGAUGCGCGAUCGAAAGGAAAUCGAGCGUCUUACAAAAUACGUUGCCGAGGUAGGACAGUUUCAUCGUGACCAUGAGCUUGAAUACGCCGGUGAUGGAGGUGUCAUUGAACAGUCCGAAGUGGAUGGAGGUGGGCCGGUUAAUUGUAUUAAUGCUGGCUGUUUGAACUAUGGUACCGCUGCGACCAGUUAUAUGUGCCUAGAAUGCUAUUCAAUGCAAUGCAAAAGAGAGUCGUCUAAUCCGAAAUGUGACAUUGAUUCGAAGGAUUACACUCUUCGCUAUGGGACGGGUAAGUCCAAAUUUUAUGCUGAAGCUGACAUGGAUGCACACGAUAAAAUACAAAAACUACCCUCAGCAAGGCGCUUGAAUGAUCUCGAUCAAACGCUCUAUUUGUCACGCUCCACGUUCUACAAUGAUACAAAACCGGACGAUAUCCACUUACCUACAGCCUCUACUUACAAACAAGCUGGUUUGGAACAGUCAUCCAAUGCGAGUGGGCUUGUCCGACAAAAUUCUCAGCCGCUACAGCUCCAGCAUCAACACCAUUACCACCACCAGCAACAACAACAUCAUCAGUCCCAUUAUCAUAAGGGAGAAGAAGUGAAUAAACCACAUCAGCAUCAGCACACAGGUUCAGCUACGUGUAUGGAAUAUCCUCUCAGUGCCAAACCACCAACCGGUCCAUCUUCAUCUGGUUCGACGACUUCUAGCUCUAGUGGCAUUGUAGCAUCUGUAUAUUCACCGGGAGGAAGUGGACAUAGCGGUAGUCAUAGUUCGAACAUACCUUACACACGUGCCGGAGCGUUGUGUGUGGUAAAUCUUCCUCCAGUGUCUAGCAACGCUGAUUCUACGGGCAAUAGAGUGAUUGGCCAGUUUGGGAGCUCUCAUAAUGGAAUAUCAGGUACUGCACAUGGGGCAUCAGCUAGUACUAACGAAGCCAUACGAUCGUUGCAUCCAUUUUCGUCAUCGUCGUCUUCUUCCUCGAUCGGUGUUGGCGUUGGUGUAGGUAAUGGGGGACAUUCAACAUCCCAACCAAUCGUGAACAGUAGUCAUUACGGCAAAAAUCAGCUCUGCCGCACGGAUGGAUGCAAGUUCUACGGUAGUAUCAAUACUAAUUUUUACUGCUCCAAGUGUUGUCAAGAGUAUAACAUUUAA